AUGCUGGCUGUGAAGGAUCUAUCCUCGGAAUUUAGAUGCGAUAAGGACGCUGAGGCCAGCAGCUCAGCUUUCCACUUAGUCACUUACUCCGUACAAAAGAAUCUUUACUCUAAUGGCUUCAUUCUCUCGCCUCAUUCGCUUCUUAGCCAAGGAUGGCAACAUAUACUAUGGCGAAGCUCUCAUGCCCGUCGGUGUAAAAGAUGUCUCCAAGACUACGAAAGCACGAGUUAUUGAAGGUGAUAUCUUUGGCAAGCAUCAUGUCACGGACCAGAUCGCUGAGGUGAGCGUGCUGCUGGCCCCUUUGGCGAGGAAGGACAUAGGUACUGUUCGCUGCUUGGGUCUGAAUUAUGAGCAACAUGCAAAAGAAUCAAACUUGCCUUUACCGAAAUACCCGGUCCUCUUCUACAAGCCUGUUACGUCAAUCGCCGGGCCGACUGACGAUAUCCUGGUUCCAGCCAUGGCUCAGCGCGGAGAAGGCUUGGACUACGAAUGUGAAUUGGUCGUUGUCAUUGGCAAGGAAGCAAAAGACGUUCCUGAGCGGCAGGCUCUAGAUUGUGUUCUUGGUUAUGCUGUAGGAAAUGAUGUCUCUCACCGGGACUGGCAACUCAAACUUGGUGGAGGUCAAUGGGGGCUGGGCAAGGGCUUCGACGGCUGGGCGCCAUUUGGACCCGGAAUUGUUUCACCGCGGAUUAUCUCCGAUCCUAACAAUCUACACAUUUCGACAAAACUCAAUGGCCAAACUGUCCAAUCUUCUUCCACUGAGGAUAUGAUAUUCGGCGUGGCGAAAAUUAUCUCAUUCCUAUCCCAGGGUACUACUCUGCUACCGGGUGAUUUGAUCUUCACGGGAACCCCCCAGGGUGUUGGUAUGGGUCGGAAACCUGCGUUGUGGCUAAAAGAUGGUGAUCUGGUUGAGGUCACCCUCGCUCCUGAUGUCGGCACCUGCCGGAACAAGGUUAAGAUAGUGCCAGACAAGCCAUCUAAGCUCUGAGGCGGUUCAUGACAUGAAUGCUAUAGAGGCUUGCGGUAGAGCACUUGCUUCUUGUAUUACUUCAUUUACUUCAGCGUAUAAACCCUUAGCGGCCCCUCUUAUGCAUAUGAACGCAAAUCGUAGUACACUCUGG